UCUGUUCACCAGAAUGCUGUAAACAUCUGGCUGCUGUGGGUUAGAGCCAGAACAGAUUCCUUAAACUCAACCAUAUCAAAACAGAGGGUAGAAAAAGAGUGAAGAAAGCAGCAGAUGAGAAUGUAACUAAGAGUAUCGGGAGAGAAAGGAAACAAACAACAGACGGGUGGGAGAGAAAACUGGAUUAAAACUAAGUGAGAAAAGAGAGCGAGAGAGAGCGGCAGAAAUAUAGAGACAUGGCUCUGUUCCCAUACUGCAGGCUGCCUUCAGGAUUUUCUUUUGGGAAUCGGAAGCCACUGCUUGUCUUGGGUGUGUGUCUUCUCGCUGGACUGGUUUACUUUCUAAGGGAGAAGAGAAUGUCUGCUGUUCCUAUCCAGACCAUGUCUCUGUUGUCGGGAGUUCAGCAAAGGCGAUCAGGAUUGAAUAUUAAAGAGGUUCCUGUGAUGACACCUUGGGGUGCCCCCCUGGUGUGGGGGGACAGUGAAUCCUCGGUCUGGCGUAGAGACGAGUUUGCCCAUCUUGGUGCCCGCACGGGCCUGGCGAUCCUGGCAAUCGGGAACUAUAAUCACUACUUACAACGCCUCCUGUCUUCUGCCGAACUCUACUUCCUGCUCAAUUUCUACGUCACUUACUACGUCUUGACUGACAGACCACGAGAACUGGAUUCUCCCCUGAAUCUGGGGCUAAACAGGGAGCUGCGUGUCAUUCCUGUGGCUGAGAUGCCAGGCUGGGAUAGGCUCAGUCUGCGGCGCAUGGCUUUGCUUGCAACCCUCAUUAAGGAGCAGAUAAAUCUGGAGGUAGAUUAUGUCUACUGCAUUGAUGUUGACCAGGAAUUCACAAACCCAGUGGGCAUAGAGAUCUUGGGCAAGCUGACGGCCACACUACAUCCUUUGUUCUAUGGAAAACCUAGGUACUCUUACCCUUACGAGAAGAACCCAGUCUCACCGGCUUAUGUUGAAGAGGGGGAAGGUGACUAUUACUACAGCUCUGAGUUCUAUGGAGGCCUGUGCUCCAAGGUGUUAGCCAUGGCUCAGACAUGCUCCCUACUCAUCCUACAGGACCAGGAGAAGGGGAUUCGAGCCAAAGAAUUAGAAGAGAGUUACCUUAACCGCUAUUUGAUCAACCAUAGGCCCACUUGUGUCCUUUCACCAGAGUACAACUGGUGGGAGUCACCUGGAGUCCCUGAAGUGCCCACUCAGAGGCUACGCUCAAUAGGGAGACAAUGCCUAUCGACAGGCAACUACAAGGGAAAUACAAAUGCUUGCUGAAGAGAGAAAGGAGGGGACAACCAGAAUACUUGUGUUGAUGACACAGAAAGGAACAUUUGACUGUGUGACGAUAUCAGUGCAUGCCAAAACGUGAGUUUUAGAGAUAUUCUUACUGGAAUUCACUCACAAAUGAGAGUUGGUAAAAAAAAUUUUAAAGAACAUCCUAAUUUCACGCUAUUGUAGUCAGUUUAGCACGCUAAAGUGCAUCAUUUACAGAUCAUAAUAGAUACUCUACAUAAAACAUUUUAGAACCUGACAGAUGGUAUUGGAAUGCUAUAAAAAUGUUGCAGAUAAGAUAGCUAAGGUUGCACUUCAUUUCAGUGUAGAGUUACUUUUGCAAACAAACCCUUAAACUGAUAUAUGUGUUCACCAAUUAUGGAAGUUAAUAAUAAUGGCACCAUAAGGACCUUUUAAUUUAUGACUGACAUUCUUGUGUGGUAGUGGUAGCUCAGGAGUUAAAGUUCUAAGCUAGUGCUCGGAUGAUUUUGAGUUUGAAUCCCAGGACUGCCUUGCGUAACUGUUGAGCCCUUAAACAAAACCUUCAACCCAAUUGCUUAGAUUGUAUCCUCUUUUUAAUUGUAAGUUGUUUUGAUGAACUUGCGAAUGAAUGUAAACGUACACAAAGUAGACAUCAUUUCUAGGGACAUCUGCAGUUUGAAUGUAUGGAUUUUCUUAAUGAGGGAAAUACAAUACAUUUCUUGUGUUUCUUGUACUUCUGUUUCGUUUCUUUCUCCAGAAUCCACUCAGCACCACUUUAAAUACUUCCAACAAGCCUUAAUAACACCUAAAUAAACAUUUACUAUGGUUCUUUUAUUCUCUUAAUCCCUUGGGUGUUAACAUGUUACUGGAAUAAACUACAGUCGUGAGAGUUGUGUAUCUUUCCCUUUAAAUGGAACAGGAAUAACCUGGUUUGCUCUGGUUAAACAAGCGACCGGCCACACCAGCUGUGUCUGCUAAGUGAUAUACUGUAGCUCAAACAUUUGUGUUUUCAUGUGAUAAGGGUUUAAUGGAGAGGGUACCCGAGCUGACUGACUCUGCUGGUCAAACAUUAACCAGUCCUGGUCUUUAUAUCUUUUAAAAAAAAUGACUGCUGCUCCACUAAUAUCCCCUCGUGUCCAGCUCAUCUUGACUCCAGCCCAAUACUGGCUAUUCUGAUAUACAGCUUUGGGAUGCAUUUGUGCGUCAUUGUGAGUCAUUGUGCACUCCGUAAACAGUGAAUUAGAGAGGGGGAGUCAUCCGUCUUCCAUCUUCCACGUAGAUUCUUUGCUUAUGGGAUUUCCACUAGCAAAAACAUCACCACAGGGGCAGUAAUAUUGUUUGUUUCACCACCAGUACCAGAUGGUGCAAUCUUUUUCUAUUUUCAAGCCUUUUUCCUACCUCUCCCAUAUCAUUCUUCCAUCCCAGGUGCUUCCCUCUCACCUCCUUUACACUUUCUUUAUAGACAGAAAAACAUGUGUCUCUAUCCCACACCAUACUACGGUACACCAAACUGACUCAACAGCUUACAAACGUGCACCACGCUGCUUG